GAAGAGCUUUAGUAUGAAAGAAUAUUUGUGACACUCUAAUACGCCUGCGACAAAUUAUCUCAAGAUGCUGCGCGUCUCAGUUGUGUUGGCUUUUGUAGCUUUAGCAUUUGCUGCUCCUUUUACCCCUGAAUUGGAUGUUCACUGGGAAAAUUAUAAAAAACUUCACGGCAAAUCCUACAAAGCCUCCGAAGAGUAUUCCAGGCGCAUGAUAUGGGAAAUUAACUUGUCUAAAAUCAUAAAACAUAACAUCGAAGCAGACUUGAAACAGCACUCAUUCAAAUUAGGUCUCAAUCAUCUAAGUGAUAUGACAACGGAAGAAGUGAAUUCUCUUCUCAAUGGUUACAAACCAGGCAAAAAAGUAUCAACAACAACAUUCGUUCCUCCAUCACAUAUUUCUUUACCCGACGAGGUUGACUGGAGAAAAGAGGGUCUUGUAACAAAAGUAAAAGACCAGGGUCAAUGUGGAUCUUGCUGGGCAUUUUCAACUACUGGCUCUUUAGAAGGGCAGCAUAAAAAGAAAACUGGAAAACUUGUUUCUCUUAGUGAGCAAAAUCUGAUGGACUGUUCUACAGAACAAGGAAACCAAGGUUGCAACGGUGGGUUAAUGGAUAAUGCUUUUGAGUACAUCAAGGAAAACGGAGGAAUAGACACUGAAGAGUCAUAUCCAUAUGAAGAAAUGGAAGGGCCAUGCAGAUUUAAGAAGGCCAAUGUUGGAGCAACAGUCACUGGUUACGUGGAUAUCCCAUCUGGUGAUGAAAAGGCUUUGAUGAAGGCUGUAGCAACUGUUGGCCCAGUGUCAGUCGCUAUUGAUGCUAGUCAGUUCAGUUUCCAACAAUACAGUGAAGGAGUUUAUGAUGAGGAAGAUUGUAGCAGCACAGAACUGGAUCACGGUGUCUUAGCUGUUGGAUAUGGAACAGAAGACGGUCAGGAUUAUUGGCUAGUAAAGAACAGUUGGGGACCUUCAUGGGGACUCAACGGCUACAUCAAGAUGUCCAGAAACAAGAACAACCAAUGCGGAAUAGCUACCACAGCAAGUUAUCCUUUGGUAUAACCAAUCCUUUCUUAUUUUCAACGUUUAUAAAGCUUCAAAGAAGAACAGUUUGCAAUAAAAACGAAAAUAGACUCUAAAAUUUGAUGACUUUAUAAGUUUUGAAAUUUACUUUGAUGUAAAUAAUUAUUACUAAGUAUUAAAAUAUGAAUAUAAAUAAAAAUGAGUUUGUCCAAUU